AUGAUGAUUGCUCACAUUUUAUCUUGCUUAUGGAUUUUUCUUGCAGAGUCUUUGUAGCAUCGUAAUAUUUAAACUUGGUUAAAGAGUUCAGAAGUCAAUGUAACACCUUGGCAUGAAAUUUACAUCAAUUCUUAUUAUUUCACUGUUGUUACUAUGGUUACAGUUGGGUAUGGAGAUGUUAUUCCAAUCUCUUAUGAAGAAAAAACUGUUAGCAUUUUAUUUAUGUUAUUUUUAUGUGGCAUAUUUGGUUAUUCAAUGAAUACAGUUGGUUCUAUUAUUCAAAGUCUCAAUGAAGAUCAUGCACAAAUCAGAUAAAAUAUGUCAAUUAUAAAUUAAUUUAUGAAUAGAACUAAAGUUAGCAAAAAAACCUAAAAUGCUAUAAGAGAGUACCUAGAAUACUACUGGAGCGAGCAAAGGGACAAAAAUCACAAAUAGGAGGAACAGAUAUUUGAAAUUUUACCUGAAAAUUUGCGCUAAAAUCUUUUAAUGGAAGGUAAGGGAAUAGUUCUAAAAUAGACUGCUAUAUUUAGAGAUAAUUUUAGCGACGCUUUUAAGCAAAAAAUAGUACCUUUAAUUUAAGAACGCCAUUAUAUACCAUAACAACUGAUUUGUGAAUAAGGAGAGCUAGAUGAUUGCGAUAUUUAUUUUAUUGAAAAAGGUUCUGUAAAUAUUCUCUUAGAUAGUUAUGCUUAUGAAGGCACUCCCUCAAGUAAAUAAUUAUUUAAUAUCAUUUUAUGUUUUAUUAAAGUUCCAAAAAUAGAUCCUAAAUAAAUAAUAACUCUUACUGCAGGGUAAUCGUUUGGGGAAAUAAGCUUUUUUACUGGAUAGCCAAGGACAGCUUAUGUAAAAUCAAAAGAAUUCACUACAUUAUAAAUAAUAAAAAGACAAGAAUUUAUGAACGAGUUAUAAAAUUUCUAGAAAGACUUUGAAUAAUUUUGUAACAUUAAAGAUAAUAUUUCAAUUUAUUCAGACUUCUAGCUAAUUGAUUUAAAGUGUUUAUCUUGUUAAUCUCUUAAUCACUAAUUGUUGUAAUGCCCAUACGUCCACUUUUUACCUAAUCAUGCAAAAUUAAGAGCACAAUUUAUGAGUAGCCCUCCUUAAGAAAGAGUGUUUAAAAAUAGAAAACUAAAAGAAAAGCUAAAAUCUAUAUAGCUUGUUAAAAAAAACUCAACAUUCAUUAAUAGAUUAAUAGAAUAUGAUACGGAAAUUGAAUACUACUUUUAAACUUAUCUCGAAAGAGAAAGCGGAAGUGAAGAUGAAAGCAAAUCAGAACAUGAAAAUAGCUCAACAAAAUAAUUUAUUGAUGAUCAAAAUGGUAAUCAAUUCUAAUUCAGUUAAUUUAAUAACAUAGAAGAUUUAUAAAAAAGAGAUUCAAAUAUUCAGUCCUUGUAAUAAGCAACUAGUUAACUAAGCUAAAAAAUGAUAAUAGCAGAAGUAAAAUAAAAAAAUAUGUACAAUGAUAUAUCUCCUACAAAAUAAUCUGAGGAAAUAGAUCUAUUUGGUAACUAAAUACACAGAACACCCAGUUCUUAGGUAAAUAAAGGAAAAUCUAGGCAUGCAAGCUAUGUAAACAAAGAGGACGAAGAUUCUCUGAAUUUACAAAAAUCUAGGCUAGGAUCCUCCUCUUACAGAAUUGAAAGUUCUUUAGGUGAAAACAGGAAACAGCACAUAGAAGAAAAUUUUGUUAAACCAAAAGGAAAGCAAUAUUAUGAUGAUAUUCAUCAAGGGGAAAACACAGAUCAGAAUCAAUAUAUACAAGCUUAAAUCCCAUUUGCUGUAUCUUAGAAAUGUCUUCCAGCUUACAAAAAUUCAUAGCUAAAGAUAUAAAAAUUGCAAGAUCCAUUGAGUUUAGCCUUACAAAAAUAUUAGACAAUGCUUAAUAAGAUUUUGUAAAUAUUCUAAGAUAUGGCACCAAAUGCUUUACCUCAAUAGCAUGAGUUAUAAUCUCCAAGCAUUAAGAAGCACUUUUCUACAAAUAAGAUAUAAAAUAAUGUUUCUUCUAAAAAUGAGUUACAAAAAAAGAAUUCUUUUAAUAGAAAGCAAGAGCCAAAAUCAAAUUUAAUGUAUAAAAAUUAGAGUAGUAUAAGCAACUCAAAAGCCAUAGUAUCAAAGAGGAGUAUAGGAAGAUAUGUUCCUGAGUAGGAUAGUAAAUAAACUUCAAAUAUAAACCAAUCUAACUAAUUUUAAACAAAAGAUACAAAUUUUUAUUUAGAUGAAACAAAUAAUGUUUAAUAUAUUUAAAGCAAUUAAGACAUUUAAAGAGAAUUUUAUGAGGAAUUUGAUUUUGAUAUUAUGAAAAAUUUCGAGUACUACUUUCCUUUAAAUAAUUUUGAGCAUUAAAUGAAACUUAUGAGAUUAAAUAUAGAAUAAAGAAGAAAAAAGAUGCUUAGAGCCCACAUUGAAAACAUGAAUAUUCUUAAAAAAAAUAAAUCUUUGGCUAUUAGUUUCCACAAAGGAAAAAGGAAUUCUUUAAGUUCUUCUCAAAAUUUAUAUACUUUGAAUAGAUAACAAAAUAAUAAUGAUGACAAAGAGGAUUAAAGCAAAUACAAAUUUAAAGCCCAAAGAGAAUCAAGUUUAUUUUUAGGUGAUAGCUAAAAAAAAUAUGAUUCUUUAAGUUUGCACUAAGGGAAGAAGGGACCUUAAUUUAAUUUAAAUAACUUGAGUUUUAACAAUUAAAUUGAUAUUUCAUAAAUUAAUUAAAAAUCCAAUAAAAAUUACAAGGAGAGCAUACUUAAUCAAACAAAUUUAGAAUUUUAACAUAUUAAAUUAAAUUAAAAAAACAACGAUAUAAUUCACAAUAAUUUUGAUGAUUCAUUUUAAGAUAAAGAAAAUGACAUUUUCGAUGGCAGUAUGAAUAUUUAAGAUUAGUAGAUAAAUAUUAAAAAAAUUAUAAGUGAUGAAGUUAUGAAAAGAGUGGAAUCUUUUAAUUCUGACUUAAAUGAAAGCAAUAAUAAGGAAUAAGUAUUUAGUUAAAAAAAUAGCUUUCAAAAAUAAUAGAUAAAAAAUAGCCUUAAAGGCUUUAGAUAAUAUAGCCAAGACGAUAAAUAAAGAGGUAGUAAUAGCAAAAGACAUUUAGAAUUAGAAAUUGAGUCACAAACAGAAUACUCGCAAAACAGAAGAAAUAUUAAUACAAAUGAUAUAUUAAUUGGGAUGCAAAAUAAAACAAAAUUAUGA